CCAGUUUCGAUAUGAUAUGCUGUGAUUGGUUUGGGGGUGUGAACUCUUUGACUUCAACCAGUUUCGAUAUGAUAUGCUGUGGGUGAUUUGGGUUUGGGUUUUGCAUUUAUCAUCUGUAUGAUGAAUAGACAUUGGUUACCUGAAUAGGAAUUGGUUCUAUUAUAUGUUGGGUUCGACUCCUUGUCCAAUCUUAUGAUGGAUUCUGCCUAACUUAUUCCAUUGGAUUUUGGAUGGCGGAAUUCUCCUUUUCUGGCCCCUGAAUCCUAUACCAGGUUUUAUUAACGGCCACCUAUUCUUUUUUCUGGCGUGUGACUUUUAAGAUGGUCUGUGUUGGUGCAACGAGUUAAAACGGACUCUAAGUAACGUAGAGAAAGAAUUCUAACAAACAGAGCAAGUUAAGAGAGACGGGCAAGUUAUGCAUGUAUGUUAGAGACCGGCCAAUCAUAAUCUUGAGAAGGUUUACAGCUAAAAUUAUGACAAAACGUAUAAACAUCUCAAUUUUAAACUUUCUGAUGAGCACAGUUAUCAGUAGGCAUCACACACAAGAUUCCCGAGACCCACCUGCACAAGAUUCCCGGACCCACUUGAUAAAAGGCAAUGCAAUACAAUUCAAUUGGGCGCAGGCUGCGCAACAUUCAUCUCUGACUUUGGCGCGGGAUCAGGAUAUCAGUGAAGUGAGAAGAGGAAGAAGGAGAACAAUGGCUAACAGGUUUUUGGCUCUUUCUUGUCUGGGGAAGGGGAAGAAGGAAAUUGGGGAGCGGGAUGCAUCUAAUCUGGUUCUGUCCCCUCCUCCGUAUUAUCCUUCGAUGCCCAGAUACCCACCUGAAUCUCCAAGUCGUGCAAGUGCAGGAACAUCUGCUCAUCCAUCUUUGGAGAUGAGGAAGGCUCUGUUCAAGGUGCAAGGCAUGCAAUGCUCUGCUUGUGCUGCUUCCAUUGAGAAGGCGGUGAAGAGGCUCCCUGGUAUCCAGGAUGCUACUAUCAGUGUCCUUCACAACAAGGCCCAAGUGGUUUACCAUCCCGAGUUUGUCAAUGAGGAAUUGAUCAGAGAGACCAUUGAAGAUACUGGCUUUGAAGCCACCUUAAUGGAAACCGAUGACGAGGUGUCUGUAAUAGCUAUAUGUCGGCUUCGUAUAAAAGGAAUGACAUGCACUUCUUGUUCUAGUACUGUGGAAUCUGCCUUGGAAAAGGUCCAGGGGGUGAAAAGGGCUGCAGUCGCUUUAGCAACAGAAGAAGCAGAAAUCAGAUAUGACCCCAAACUGGUUAACUACAAGCAGUUGAUUGAUGCGAUUGAUGACACUGGUUUUGAAGCUUUUCUGAUUAGUACUGGGGAAGAUACAAAUAAGGUUCAUCUCAAACUAGAGGGAAUCCCCUCAGAUGGUAGAAUUAAAUUAAUUCAGAGUUCUGUUCAAGCUUUACCAGGUGUAUUAGAUACAGAAUUGGAUAUGCAACUAGGGAAACUAGUUGUGUCAUACAAUCCAGAAAUGACUGGACCUCGAACUUUCAUAGAAGUGAUUGAGGAGACAUGUUCUGGAAACUGCAAGGUAACUUUGUUUCAGCCUGGAGGGCUAGGAGGCCCAGAUAGAAGUGAAGAAAUUAGUCAGUACCGUAAGUCUUUCUUAUGGAGUUUGGUUUUCACUGUACCAGUAUUUGUCUUAGCCAUGAUUUUUAUGUAUAUUCCAGGAAUUAAAAGAGGGCUAGAAAUAAAACUGGUGAAUAUGUUGAUGCUCGGACAGCUUUUAAGGUGGAUUUUAUCAACUCCAGUGCAAUUUAUCAUUGGUAAGCGCUUUUAUACUGGAGCAUACAAAGCUGUACGUCAUGGCUCUGCCAACAUGGAUGUUUUGAUUGCCUUAGGAACAAAUGCAGCUUAUUUCUACUCGGUCUACACAGUAUUGAGGGCUGCAACUGAUGUGGAAUUCGAAGGUACUGAUUUUUUUGAAACCAGUGCAAUGCUUAUCUCCUUCAUCCUUCUUGGAAAGUAUUUGGAGGUUCUUGCUAAAGGGAAAACCUCUGAAGCUAUUGCCAAGCUAAUGGAUUUAGCACCUGACACAGCUACUUUACUAAUUCAUGACAAUGAUGGGAAUGUUGCCUCAGAACGUACAAUUAGCAGUCAGUUGAUCCAACGUAAUGAUAUAAUCAAAAUUUUGCCCGGUGAGAAAGUUGCUUCAGAUGGAUUAGUUGUCUGGGGACAGAGUCAUGUCAAUGAAAGCAUGAUAACAGGUGAAGCUAAGCCCAUUGCAAAACAAAUUGGUGAUGAAGUCAUUGGCGGAACACUGAAUGAAAAUGGAGUGCUACAUAUUAGAGCUACUCAUGUAGGCUCAGAGACUGCUAUAUCACAAAUAGUUCGACUUGUUGAAGCAGCACAAAUGGCUAAAGCACCAGUGCAGAAAUUUGCAGAUAGAAUUUCAAAAUUCUUUGUACCAUUUGUCAUUGCAAUUUCUUUUACCACCUGGCUAGCUUGGUUUAUAGCAGGAAAAAUUGGUUCAUACGCCAAGUCUUGGAUCCCAUCUAGAAUGGAUGAGUUUGAACUUGCUCUUCAGUUUGGCAUAGCUGUUGUGGUUGUAGCUUGUCCCUGUGCUUUAGGUCUUGCAACACCUACUGCAGUCAUGGUGGGUACUGGAGUAGGGGCCAGGCAAGGUGUUCUCAUCAAAGGGGGUGGGGCACUUGAAACUGCACAUAAAGUAAACUGCAUUGUAUUUGAUAAGACGGGAACACUCACUGUUGGAAAACCGGUUGUUGUUGGCACGCACCUCCUAAGAACCAUGCUCUUACGUGAUUUCUAUGCAGUGGUUGCUGCGGCUGAGGCAAACAGUGAACAUCCUUUGGCCAAGGCUGUGGUUGAGUAUGCUAAAAGUUUUAGAUCAGAAAUUUCAGAUCUAAGCUGGUUGCCUGAAGUACAAGAUUUUGUGUCCAUAAGUGGCCAUGGUGUCAGAGCUUUAGUGCAGAACAAGACUAUUCUUGUAGGAAACACAAAGCUGAUGAUAGAUUCUGAAGUCACCAUUUCUGAAGAUGCUUAUAAUUUUUUGAGGGAGGCUGAAAAAAUGGCUCGAACAGGAAUUUUGAUUUCUUUUGAUGGAGAGUUGGUUGGAAUAAUUGAAAUAUCAGACCCAGUUAAGCCAGAGGCACAAGGUGUAGUGUCCAUUUUGAAGUCGAUGAACAUUAAAAGUAUGGUGGUCACUGGAGACAACUGGGGUACAGCAAAUGCCAUUGCCAAAGAGGUUGGAAUUGAGACUGUUAUGGCAGAAACGUUACCUGAAGGUAAAGCAGACAAAGUGAAAGAGUUGCAGAUGUCAGGUAUGAUUGUGGCAAUGGUGGGUGAUGGCAUCAACGAUUCACCAGCACUUGUGGCUGCCGAUGUGGGAAUGGCAAUUGGUGCAGGUACAGAUAUAGCAAUUGAAGCUGCAGACAUAGUAUUGAUGAGGAGUAACUUGGAAGAUGUUAUUACUGCCAUUGAUCUUUCAAGGGUCACAUUCAAACGAAUCAGACUCAACUACUUGUGGGCCUUGGGUUAUAAUGCAAUGGGAAUUCCUUUAGCAGCUGGAUUAUUGUUUCCAUUCACUGGGUUCCGUAUUCCUCCAUGGAUUGCAGGGGCUGCCAUGGCAGCUUCUUCAGUGAGUGUUGUUUGCUGUUCACUUUUACUGAAAUAUUACAAGAGGCCAAGGAAAUUGGAGACGCUCCAAAUGCAAGGUGUCAAGGUUCAGUGACAUUUGGAUCACAUAACAAUGACAAACAAUCAUGGUCGAGCCAAAAAGUAGUUUGUUGUUAUUGACCAAUGCUAGGUCACAGAACAUUGCAGCAUAUAUGUACAGUUCUUAUGCAUUAUUUAGAAAACUUUGGGAUGCAUUUCAAACACCGCCUGUCAUGUAAAAAUUUGUUUUCCUUUAGGAUGAAGAGCAUAGCGAUUUGGUGGUUUAAGCGAUUCAACCAGCAUGGUAAUUUGGUUGUUAGAGUGAUUCAGCCAGAAUGACAGCCAACCAGCUAUGUACACGUUGUAGGAGCACCAAUGAUAUGAUUGUUCAUAGGCAGCUUGAGAAUGUGAUCUGUUCCUGGUCUCUCUAGUGCAAUUUUGUAAAUUGUUUUCUGUGAUUUGAGAAAGGCACUUACACUA